AUGUCUGCCGAGAACGGUUCUACUACUCUCCCUGUCGAUGACCCCUCCAAGGUCGCCGAGGCUCCCAUUGAGACCAAGGGCAAGGGAAAGGCCACUGCCACCGAGGAGCCUGUCGACCAGACCAUGGACGAAGAUGACGACUCUUCUGACGACGAGGCCGAGAACAAUGGUGCCGGCGAUGAGGAGGCCGAGGACAACCUCGACGAGAUUGACCUGAACAACAUCGUCGAGGGUGGCCGCCGCACUCGAGGCAAGGUCAUCAACUGGGCCGAGGCUGCCAAGAACGUCCCCGCCGACGAAGAGGAGGAGGACGAUGAGGACUUUGAGGCUGGCGGAGAUGAGGAUGAGAAGAUGGAUGAGGAUUAG